AUGUCCCUUUCCCAUCCAAGAAAUUUCUGUCGCCUGAGUUAAUCCCCUUAAGUAAGCUAACAAUAUUCACGAUUUAGCCCGCUUUCAACCACUCUCUCCCUCUCCGGAGUCCUUUCGCUCAUCAUUCUCUCAAGUAGUCUGAUUUUAUAUAAUGGGUGGAAGUAUGAUAGAUGAUGAUUGGGAGCUUACUUCUCCAUCAAAUGGGGCCCGCACGGUAGUUUUAGUUGGACGCACUGGGAAUGGAAAAAGUGCAACAGGGAACAGCAUUCUUGGAAAAAAGUCCUUCAAGUCUAAGGCAAGUUCCUCUGGUGUUACGGACACUUGUGAACUGCAGAGAACUGUACUGAGAGAUGGACAGAUUAUCAAUGUCAUUGACACUCCUGGGCUGUUUGAUUUCUCUGUUGGAUCAGACUUUGUUGGCAAAGAAAUUGUUAAAUGUAUUGACUUGGCCAAGGAUGGGAUCCAUGCAGUUCUUGUAGUUUUCUCCGUCAGGACCCGCUUUUCACAAGAAGAGGAAGCUGCACUUCGUAGCUUGCAGACAUUAUUUGGAAGCAGAAUUGUUGACUACAUGAUUGUAGUCUUCACCGGAGGUGAUGAACUUGAAGAUGAUGAUGAGACAUUGGAAGAUUAUUUGGGUCGUGAGUGCCCAGAGCCUUUAAAGGAAAUCCUUGUCUUGUGUAAAAAUCGGGUUGUGCUUUUCGAUAACAAAACCAAGGAUGAAAGGAAGAGGGUUGAACAAGUUCAGCAGCUUCUCUCCCUUGUAAAUAUGGUCAUAGCACAUAAUGGUGGACAACCGUAUACAGAUGAAUUAUUUGCUGAAUUGAAGAAGGGGGCAAUUAAACUCCGCAAUCAACAAGAACAAGUUGAUUCACUGAAAGGUUAUUCUAAACGAGAAAUAUCAGAGUUCAAGGAUCAGAUAGAGCGUUCAUAUGGGGAGCAGCUCCAACGAAUUACGGAGAUGGUUGAGUCGAAGCUCAGAGAGACAACUACUAGGCUCGAACAACAAUUGGCUGAAGAGCAGGCUGCAAGACUGAAGGCUGAAGAGCUAGCACAUUUAAAUCAAGCAAAAUCUAAUGAUGAAAUCCGUAAGCUCAGAGAGCAUCUAGAAAAGGCAGAGGAGGAGCUUCGUAGGCGCAGUGAAAAUCGGUGUGCCAUUUUAUGAGGUAAAGGUUAUGAGGACAAUGUGCUCUGGAGUACGGAUAAACUAUUCCUCCCCCCCUCUCCCAUCCUUUUAUUUUUCUGUUUGAGUGGAGUUUCUAGAGCAAUUGCUUGCGAGAUUGUGUGACAAAAGAUUAAUUAAUCCCCUAUUGUAUAUGUUUAAAAUUUAUGCUUUAGGAUUACAAUAUAUAUAUAUAUUUAUAGAUAUGUUAUAUUGAGUUUUCA